CCAGUUUCUCAACUUGAUGUCCUCUCCCAGCUGGAAAAAGGGGAAGAGUUGUUUUCCACAGAUCUCCAGGACUCAGAGGAAAGAAAGCUCCUGAGAAGCAGCUAUACAGGUGAGGGGAUGGUGAGAGAGACCAUGGACCAGAAUCCUCAGCAGGAAGACGAUGAAGUGGAACCACAAGGGUCUUUAUUGCAAAGAUGCAAAGGGAGUAUGUCCAGGACUUGUGAGCAGGGAAAAGCCUGUGAGAGUCAGCACAGGCCAGAGAAGCAGCAGGGAAACCAGCCAAUGCAGAAAGUUGGUAAAUCUGUUAAUUAUCAGGGAACUCACAAAGGCCACAAGGAAACCAUGUCCCAGCAGAGAAUCCCCAUGGGAGAGAGAAAUAACACACGUGUUGAAUGUGGGAAAAAGUUCAGUAGGCGCUCACACCUUGUUAAACAUGAGAGAAUCCAUAAAGGGGAGAAACCCUAUGAAUGCUGUGAGUGUGGGAAAACCUUCACUGAACGCUCAAACCUUAUUAAACAUCAGAGGAUCCACACAGGGGAGAAACCCUAUGAAUGCUGUGAGUGCGGGAAAACUUUUUCUCGGAGCUCAGCCCUUAUUUACCAUUGGAGAAUCCACACAGGGGAGAAACCCUAUGAAUGCUGCGAGUGUGGGAAAACCUUCCCACAGAGCUCAGCCCUUAUUAGCCAUCAGAGGAUCCACACUGGGGACAAACCAUAUGAAUGUUGUGAGUGCAGGAAAACCUUCCUUUGGCACUCUGACCUUAUUAGACAUCAGAGGAUCCACACAGGUGAGAAACCCUAUGAAUGUUGUGAGUGCGGGAAAACCUUCACUGAGCGCGCAAGCCUUAUUAAACAUCACAGGAUCCACACAGGGGAGAAACCCUAUGAAUGUUGUGAGUGCAGGAAAACUUUCUCUCGGAGCUCUGCCCUUAUUAAACAUCAGAGAAUCCAUACAGGGGAGAAACCCUAUGAAUGCUUUGACUGUGGGAAAAGUUUCACUACCAGGUCAAACCUUGUUACACAUCAAAUGAUCCACACAGGGGAGAAACCCUAUGAAUGUUGUGAGUGUGGGAAAACCUUCGCUCGGAGCUCAGCCUUUAUUAACCAUCAGAGGAUCCAUACAGGGGAGAAACCCUAUGAAUGCUGUGACUGUGGAAAGAAAUUCACUGAGCGUUCAACCCUUAUUACCCAUCAGAGGAUCCAUACAGGGGAAAGGCCCUAUGAAUGCAGAGAGUGUGGGAAAACCUUCACACAGCGCUCAGCCCUUGUUACCCAUCAGAGGAUCCACACUGGGGACAAACCAUAUGAAUGUUAUGAGUGCAGGAAAACCUUCCCUCAGAGCUCAGCCCUUAUUAGACAUCAGAGGAUCCACACAGGUGAGCAACCCUAUGAAUGCUGUGAGUGUGGGAAAACCUUUGCUCGGCGCUCACACCUUAUUAGACAUCAGAGGAUCCACACAGGGGAGAAACCCUAUGAAUGCUGUGAGUGUGGGAAAAUCUUCGCUCGGAGCUCAGCCUUAAUUAACCAUCAGAGGAUCCAUACAGGGGAAAAACCCUAUAAAUGCUGUGAGUGUGGAAAAACCUUCGCUUGGAGCUCAGCCUUAAUUAACCAUCAGAGGAUCCACACAGGGAAGAAACCCUAUGAAUGCUGUGAGUGUGGGAAAACUUUCACUGAGCGCUCAACCCUUAUUAAGCAUCAGAGGAUCCAUACACGGGAAAGGCCCUAUGAAUGCAGAGAGUGUGGGAAAACCUUCCCUCAGAGCUCAGCCCUUACUAGCCAUCAGAGGAUCCACACUGGGGACAAACCAUAUAAAUGCUGUGAGUGCAGGAAAACCUUCCUUCGGCACUCUGACCUUAUUAGACAUCAGAGGAUCCACGCGGGAGAGAGAUCCUAUGAAUGCUCCAAGUGUGGGAAAUUCUUCCAUCAAAGCUCAGCCUUUGUUUAUCAUCAGAGAAGCUGCAAGGGAGAUAAAAACCAUAAAACCCUUGUCUAGAGCUGAGGAAAGAUUUUAUUUUCCGUUUGCUAAUUCCCACAUAGUGAGCUUAAAAGAAGUUUUGUGUCCCCAUGGUCUUUCAGUUCCCCCAGCUGAGUUAUGUGCUUUUCCCUUUUGUAGCUCACCCUCCCUUGGGGGGAAUCCCCCCGUCUUUUUCAGCAACUCCUUUGUCCUAUGUCAUGGAAGUGUGUCCCUCCAACUGGAAUUUCAGUCAAUCCCAGGUGGGGGAACCAGGAGUGACCUCAACUAGGUACAUGGAGGCCUACAUGGGCCUUGACUCCACUAGGAUUUUCCAUGGAGUUAGCUAGCUUCAAUUACCUAUCCUAAUGUAAAAACACAAGUAUUUUUUCAAUUAAAAAAUACCCCAUAUAUGGUGGCCAAGAUCAUUUAGAAAAUUUCCUCAACACCUGGCAUAACCUCCAUCACUUUUCCUAGUCUAAACAUAUUUGGAGUAUCACAUUUAUACUUUUCCUCCCACUGCAAAGAAAUUGUUAGUCACCAGGUUCCCAUACUAGGGACAGAUUGUCUCAUUCCCAGUUGUUCUCACAUUACACUGGGUUGUGCUGAAAGUUUUUCUACCAUUUUUCCAUAUUAAAUACAUUUAAAUAUAACAAAGAGAAGGAGCAGGUUUAGAGAUGAUGGGGGGGGGGGGGAAUUUCAACCUCUGAGACACCUGAAGAAGAAGUGGUGAGUUGGAGGGAUUCUCACAUUCCGAAUUACCCCAGCAAUGUUUCCUAUGUUUGAGCCAGAUAGAAUUUAUCUUCUCCACUUUCUACACCUCCACCUGUCAUUAUGUCUUAUGAUUCAGUGUUCUCAGCCCUCUGCUUGGGAAUCACAUUUUAUUUUCUUUGAUCAUAAAACAAUAUUUUCGAAACUGAGAUGACAGUGUCACAGACUUGCAAGGGGAAUUUGAAUGGAUGUCAAACACAGCAUGAUCACUGGGAGUUGAAAUCCCAGUUUCCAACUGUUGGGAAAGCCAAUAUAUUGAUUUCA